AUGAACUUCUUUUCUAACGCAUCCAACAACUCCAAGUUCAGCAAAUCCAAAGAUGGGAGCUUGCUCACGUGUAAAUAUACUAUGUCCUUUAACAAGACGUUCAAGAAGGACAUUGCAUUCAUUCAGAUUUUAUUUCCGUCCCUUACUGUGAAGAGUAUUACGACUUCCUUUUUCCUGCUCCUUUAUUUUGCCUUCUUUAUUUUGAAUGUGUGCAAUUUUGACAGGGGGGCCCCCCUCUAUCUAAGCGAACCUGUGUUGAAACAAUAUGGCAUGAGCAGGAAUUCCGUUACGAACAACCACCAGUAUUACAAAUUAUUGACGGCCACCUUUCUCCACUCCAACGUUUGGAACUUAAUAAUUAAUGCGUACUAUCUAAUGAACAUAGGAAUUAUCGUCGAGAAGAGCUACGGGAAGACACAUUACAUGGGCAUAAUGAUUUUAAGUGCUCUUUGUGGGAACUUGCUCCUCUGUGCUACUUCCAAUUGCGGGAGCGUCUACAUGGGAAUUAGCACAAUUUUGUCCGGAUUCAUGGGCCUCUUUCUGCAGGAAAUUGUUGAAAACUACAAGAAAUUGACGGACAGAUGGAGCAUCAUUGGGAACUACGUAUUUGCAUUGCUGUCCCUUUAUUUGACCAUAUCGAUGUUUUCUUUUAAUGGAAACAUCUUGGGAAACCUCGGAGGGAUUUUCGGUGGUUUCUGUUAUCCAUACCUCACUAAAAAGGACACCUUCCACGGGCAGGAGAAGAAAGUGAGACUUACCCUGGCCGUUCUGUUGACACUACUCCUGAGUUCAACCCUGAUCAGUUUGAUUGUAGCCAAGUGUUAA